GUUGGGAAUGGCUAUCACGACGGGCGAGGGUCUUCGGGCGGCGAUGGGCGCCGCUGCGAUCGCGCCGGGCGCCCUCCUGCAAGGUCAGCUUAUCCGCAAGCGCGCAGUCUCGAAAGGACUCCUCUUUGGGGACAUUGAGCUCGCCGACAAAGAACUCGUGCAGAUGAUGGCACACUCGGGCGAGGCGCCGUGGACGAAAGAGGCGAUCGUGCUGCUCAACUGGGAUCUGCAUAUUGGCGACGUAAUCCAAGUGACGGGCGAGGCGCGCCGCGAGGCGUCGAACGGCGACCGUAUUCUCGUCGCGAUUCAAAGCUACUCUGUGGUGGCGAGCUGGGACGUCCUGCAUCCAGGCGCGCCCUUUGAGUAUGGUGCGAGCAGCCACGUUGUUGCGGCGCCGCUCGCGACCAAGCAGAGCUACGACAACAUGAUCCAGCUCGACGGCCAGAAUGCGUGCAAGUUCCACUUCAGCAAUGCAACCUGCGCGCACGGUGCCACCUGUCACUUCUACCACGGACCUAGUGACAAGUACGCUGAGCUUCGCGCCGAGUGGCUCGAGAAGCGUGCGACGCAAAAACGGACUCUGGCCAUGGUGCACGGGGACCCGAACGACCCGCACUCGAAAGCGCUCAAGAGCCACCGCGCGGCGCUCUUCACCGAGUGGCUCGUCGCAACGUUUGGCGCGUCCACCCUUGGCGCCGGCUCCGGCGUGCUCGACGUGGCCGGCGGCAAAGGCGAUAUCGCAUUCGAGCUCGUUUGCAAGCGCGAUCUUCCGGCGACGCUCAUCGACCCGCGGGUCGUCAAGCAGCGCAAGGCGCACCUCAAGUACAUGGCAGCGCAUCAGAAAGCAAAGUGGCCUCAUAUCCUCGCCGAGCUCAAUGACGCGCUGGUCGUCACGCACGCGGCACUGUUUCGUGAGAGUGCUGCCCUCGUCGGCAUGCACCCGGACGAAGCGACCGAACCGAUCGUCGACAUGGCGCUGCGCCUCAACAAGCCGUUUGCCGUCGUGCCGUGCUGCGUCAUGAGCCGGCUCUUCCCAAACCGCGAGUGCAACAAUGGCAAGGUCGCGACUUACGAGGAGUUUGUCGCGUACCUCAAGGCCAAGGACCCGCGCAUCCAGUCGACGUUUCUCCCCUUUGCGGGCAAAAACCAGUCGUCUACAUGCUGCCGUAAGCUAGUAGCAAGCUUCUAA